UGACGUCAUAGACACUGCCAUCCCAUACGUCAGAGGUUUUGGCAGCCCGUGGGUGAACUAUUUUCUUCAUUGUUGACCUUUCCUAAAUCUUAGGUGUAAUUAUUUCAUCAUUAGACGUACUCUGGCUGUACACUAAUUACCAAAUAUUCAUAUUUCGCCAAAGUCUCGACUAUGGACUCCGAAGAUGAUACAAAGGAUGAUGUGGAUUCUGGGAAUGAGUCCAGUGGAGACGAUGUCGACUUUGCAAUGGACGUUGAGACUCACAGUACAAGGGAACGACAAACGGAGCUUGAGGAAUAUCCAUACGAGGUGUUAUCUACGGAGGAAAUCGUUCAGCACAUGGUUGACUGUAUCAAAGAAGUGAAUACUGUUGUCGAGAUACCUACAACAACUACUCGCAUAUUGUUAAACCAUUUCAAAUGGGACAAAGAGAAGCUCAUGGAACGAUUCUACGAUGGGGACCAGGAUCAGUUGUUCUCCGAAGCUAGAGUCAUAAAUCCAUUUAGAAAACCAGUCAUACAAAGGCCAAAGUUAUUAUUGUUACAGUUACCCAGACGGAUAUCAACAUCAGGAACGGAGGAAUGUGAAAUAUGCUUUUCAGUCUUACCAACUUCGAUGAUGACAGGUCUAGAAUGUGGUCAUAGGUUUUGCACACAAUGCUGGUGUGAAUAUUUAACAACUAAAAUAAUGGAAGAAGGCUUAGGUCAAACGAUAGCGUGCGCGGCGCACGCGUGCGACAUCCUGGUGGACGACGCGACGGUCAUGCGCCUGGUGCGCGAGCCGCGCGUCAAGCUCAAGUACCAGCACAUCAUCACCAAUAGCUUCGUAGAGUGCAACCGACUGCUGCGGUGGUGUCCCUCGCCGGACUGCAGUAACGCGAUCAAGGUCGCGUACGUGGAGGCGGCGCCGGUCACCUGCCGCUGCGGCCACACCUUCUGCUUCGCGUGCGGCGAGAACUGGCACGACCCCGUGCGCUGCUGCCUGCUCAGGAAGUGGAUCAAGAAAUGCGACGACGACUCAGAGACGUCCAACUGGAUAGCGGCGAACACUAAGGAGUGCCCGAAAUGCAACGUGACCAUAGAGAAGGACGGCGGCUGCAACCACAUGGUGUGCAAGAAUCAGAACUGCAAGGCCGACUUCUGCUGGGUCUGCCUCGGGCCCUGGGAGCCGCACGGCAGCAGCUGGUAUAACUGCAACAGAUACGACGAGGACGAAGCGAAAGCGGCCCGCGACGCGCAGGAGCGCUCGCGUGCAGCGCUGCAGCGCUACCUGUUCUACUGCAACCGGUACAUGAACCACAUGCAGUCGCUGCGCUUCGAGUCCAAGCUCUACGCGUCGGUUAAGGAGAAGAUGGAGGAGAUGCAGCAACACAACAUGAGCUGGAUUGAGGUGCAAUUCCUGAAGAAAGCCGUGGACAUCCUCUGCCAGUGCCGGCAGACGCUCAUGUACACUUACGUGUUCGCGUACUACCUGCGCAAGAACAACCAGUCGGUCAUCUUCGAGGACAACCAGCGCGACCUCGAGUCCGCCACCGAGACGCUCUCCGAGUACCUCGAGCGGGACAUCACUAGCGAGAACCUGGCCGAUAUCAAGCAGAAGGUGCAGGACAAGUACAGAUACUGCGACAGCCGGCGCAAGGUGCUACUGGAGCAUGUGCACGAAGGCUACGAGAAGGACUGCUGGGACUACACAGAGUAAUCGCCUCCUGCACCACGCCACCCACACCACACCCGCACCACUCAUACACUCACAAGUAUACGUCGACGACAUGACAGUGUUUGACCGCGGCCCCUCCGAAAGGUUCCGACGAAAACACUCGAGUAUCGACUAUAGUUGAACUUCACCAUGACGAUAGACAUGCUUGUCGGGGAUGUUACACAAUUAAAAUGGAUUUAUUCUUAUGCACUCAAAUUAUGUCCUUUAGUAUUCGCUCGUACGAUGAAUGCCAUAUACGCAUAUCGUGAAACUUGCAAAACACUUUGACAAAAGCGCAAUAAAUUCCAUAUAACGAGUCGUACCAUCUGUUUGUGUUUUUUAGGGAAUAUUGUUUUGUUUUAUCUAAUUCAGAUUAUAGGCUUUAAUGGGCCUGAAAAUUAGUAAAUUAGCAUAAUUAAUGAAUGAGUUACUGGUGUAUUGCUUUUUGUAUGAAAUUUCAUGGCGUACUUGAUGUUUUGCAUGUUUUGCGAAUUCUCAUAAGCCCUUGAGAUUUUGCGUUGUUGAUAUUCUUUAUAUGAGCUGUAUUUGGAAUUGACUUGUGUCCCGUUGCGGUCACGUUCUGUCCGCGCAUUCUCAUCCUGUGUGAAUGAACGAUUUAUUUGCAAACAUAUUAAAUGUACUUCCAAAAUAAUAUGUGCAGGUAUAUUGUAUAGUGUACGAUCUCAUAACGUUAAAAAUGAUUUCUCAAAAAUAUUGUUUCAAACAUUUAAAUACUCAAUGUAUAUUUUUGUUUUGUAAAGAAAUAACUUACUAAAUGAUUUAAAUUAACACUAUUUUGUAAAGCUAAUGAAGAAUGAAUCAUUUGGUUCAAUUAAUUCGUGAUGUGACAACAUAUGGUUAGACAUUUCUUUUCUUUAAAAGAGUCAAAAACUUGAGUUUAUGUUUAUGUCAUCUUGACCAUUUGCCUUUCUUAUGGUCGUAAUAAUUCAAAUAAUAUGUUUUCCCUUGUUUUAUUUACAAAAUAGGUAUACAAUUUUAUUAAGAUCAUAUCGUCGUCAUCCGGGGUCAUAAUGAAAAUAAAGGAAAUUUUUUACCUAUAAAGAUAAUCUGUUUCUACAAUUUAUAGCAUGUACAAUUAAUCGAUUCUUUAACUUCUGAUCUUAUUACCAAUAUUAAUUAUAAAGAAAUUUUAACGUGAACACGAUAAAUAAUUCUGCACAUACCGAGUGAUGAUACGGCCGGGGUAACCUCACGAGACACGCGUUGCCGUGUGAAUUCUACUCGGCACGGGAAUGACAUCGUUUCGCUUCUUAUACGCCUUAUUUCGUAGUCAUAUUCUUUAUUGUUCCAUAGCAAUAUUGCGUGAAUAAGGUAUAAAUAAGGAAAAACAUCGGCAGCAAUCAAUUUUAACGACUGUUUCGGCAUAUUGCCGCAUUGACGAAAAAUCUCACCAGUUUCACUAUACCGUAAAAUGAUGCACACAGGUCCCGUAUUUUAAAUGGACAAGUAUGAACUAUUCCUAAAUCAGUGGUGGCCAAACUUUUGACCUGUGAGGUCUACUUAUGCUCGAAAAUAUUUCUUGCGGUCGAUUGCAAGGUAGAGUUUAGAAGAGUGAAAUAAAACAUUUUAGCAGCAACAAUACUACCACGGUACGACCGACCGAAACAUAUGAGUAGGUGAGUACCUAUAUUUAUAGGUAGAUAGAUAGUCAGUGUUCUUGGCGCGAAUAGAAAAUAAGGUCAGUUUAUUUAACUCUCGCGGGCUACCAAAAUCGUCUUCAUCGACCGAUAGACCGCGGUCGACCUCUUGGCCAUCACUGUCCUAAAUAUUAAAAUUCAAUCUCCCAUUUUUUUUAGUUUAAUUCGAAUUUUGAGAAUUGUUUAGUAUUACGACUGCGAAAGGGGAUCCUUUGAGGCGUGAGUACCAAAUCGGCGGUACCUCAUGUUUGCAUCGUAUCUAUCAGCAUCUUUAGAUCUAUGCAUUUUUAUAAAACGACUUUCAAAACCGACCACUAACCACAGCCUGCAGUGUAGUGCGACAGUGCAGUCGCUUUCGAAGGUCAUUUUAUAAAAGUACAGUUGCCAGCAUGUCAGCCUACAGCAAACGGUCGAUUUUCCUCAAUGAAUUUAAACUUUAUAUCUUUGAAAUAAAGUUUGAAAUUGAUUGAGGAAUUUUGUGGUAGGUUGAGGUGCCGGUGUCAAUUCAUGGACAUAGAAACAAGUGGUUCGUUGCGGUCAAAAACUUGCCUUUGAGAAUUGGGGUUUUACAUCUGCUUCCAUCACAUCUUUGCACCGGUGUGACGUGACAAAAAAAGAAAGAUCUGGGAUGUCAGAAGCGAAGUAGAAGAAAAAGAAUUGGAGUUCUUAUUGGCAUACGAAAUAUCUCUAAUCGUAUAUUAACUUCCCUACGAUUUACGUGAAUUCGUAUGCGAAUUUACGAAUGAUUCAAAAAAAUCUAGAUCCCGUGCCGAGUGGAUUUCCCACGAACGACAACCUUCAUUCAGAUCUCCCGCUACACAACAGCGUUAGUUAGAUAGAGUCGACAUUAUUUUUCGACUGUAACGUUUUAGUUUUAGUUUAUAUAUUUGAUGAUUUUGAUACUUUAAUGUUAAUGUAGCCUCUUGUAAAUCGCUUAGUGUAGUUAAACGUUUUAAACCUCUUGAUGAUGCUUGUUUGAAUCUUCGUAUUACUAUGACCUCAUUUCAUUUGUAUUGUAUAAAACUGUGGUGUAUUUGAGUUCUCAUUGUAUCUGCUUACUUAAAUAUUUUUUCCUUAAAUCGAAUCUUACGAGUCAAAUAGUGGCACAACAUAAUAAAAUAUCGAUUUAUCGGUUAAGAAGAUGCAAGAAAAAUAUUUUUACCAAAAAUCCUAUUUUUGUUAUUAGAGUACUGUUUAACGAUAUAAAGAUUAAUUAAGCUGUUAGUUCAGGAUAUAGUGUGUUUUUUAUUCUGUGAUCGACUUAUAAUUUAAUGCCUCGAAGGCUUUCUCGGUGUUGGUAGAACUAAAUUAUCACUGAACAAUCUAGUGGCCGACUCGACACGCUUGUGUUGUUAAAACUAUAAUUAAAAUGUAAUUUAAAAUUCUCAAUAAAAAUUAACGACUGGUAUUGUAAAGUUGUAUUUACUAACUAAGAGUUAGAGUGUCGAGAGUUGAGUUUUAAAUGAUAGGAUAGUGAUAUGUGGCUAGAAACUUAGACGCGACCUGCCUAGACACCACAAUCGAUGCCAGUUCGUACUUUUGAAGGCCUUUCAAAUCGCCGAAAUCCGCUUAUUGUAUGAUAAUUCUCGCGCUACAUAUCUCUGUCUCUAAUAAUUAUCUAAUAAUAAUAAUUAAUGGUACGGAUUGUGCAUAAGUCGGUUGCACUGCCAGUAAUGUUCUAAAGUACGACGCUUGCGAGCUCACAUAGUGGGCGGCGCCGCGCGGGCGGCACACACACAUUGUACAUAUAGAUGCUGUAUAGAUAUUUAUAUGAUUACGUGUACUUCACAAUACUUGUGUAUUGACGAGCAUCUUGUAUGUGUGCCUAUGCUGAGGACACAGAUGUCUUAAAACUAA